AGGCUCACUCGCCAUGUUCACUAAGCCAUGGGCGCUGCUCUUGGUCUCAACAUAUCCUGAUUUGUUGGUUGUCCAUGCGAAAACGAACUCUCGCGAAGCUGCUUGAAGCUUCGUCCAUGUCCGGAGCUCAGGCGCGUGUCCUGGUGGUGGAUAUUGGAGAUGGCUUGGAGGACAAGAUGGAGCCAGACGACAUGCAGGUGGCGUGUGCUGCCCCCACGCUGGUGGAUCUGCGUCGCGAGACGCUGGACACGGUGUCCCAGCUCUUUCAGACCUUGGGCUCCGUCAUAGACAAAUCGGCCAGGGAUGGCCAGGAGCGGUUCAUGACCUUCAUGGCCACAGGGCUGGCGCGAAGCCUCCUGCGGUUCCUCGACUUUGGGUACUUGAUGGUCUCUGAGCUCUUUGGUUGUGAUUGGGUGCAUCUUCGGGAGUCCUACCAGCAGCUCUACGAGGAUCUUGAGCGCCACAUCGUGGCCUUUUGCGACCUCGUAGACUCCUCCAUCUUCCUCUCCGAGUCCACGAACCACAUCCGCCACGAGGCCCCAGUCAUGCCCAGCAAGCGCGACACCAUCAUCGCGGCACGGCAGGCACUGAAGGACAUCAAGCAUCUGCAGAUUGUCCAGCAAAUUGAGAGCUACUACAAGUCGUGGCAGGUCGAUCAGAAGGCCACAGGCCAGCAGUCCGGUCAGAUUGCCAGCGCCAACAAGGACCUCUGUGAUGGUCAGAUCUGGCGGAAGAAACAACGUAACAGCCUCGCCAUUGUGGUGCAGGACUUACUGGACAUCUUUCCGGACAUGGCCUCUGAGAUGCGGCACAUGCCCGGCGGCGUCCCCGCCUGGACCCAGCGCUCCAUGAUGAACUUCUUACGGAGCACUGGCGCUCACGCCGCAGAUCUGCAGGACCAGCUCUUCUUGCGGCCUGUGCCAUGGGGAGGCUGGCCAGCAACUCGAGCCUCAGCUCUUUGUGAUGGGGUGCAACCACCUGAUCUGACUGGAGGUUCGCGCCUCAGCGAGCCGAAGAUCCGAGAAGCGCGCAGAGAUGCCAGCGGAUACUCCUCCUGGCAGGGGGCUACACCGCGGCAAAUAUUGGAGGCGAUUGAGGCGUCUGGCAGGCCGAUGUAUCACUCCUACGUCUCUAUCCGCAACGCGGUGCGCUUCAACAACGAAGUCACCUGUCAGCAGGCGGUCGGGCUGCUUUAUGAUCCCGCGCUAUGCCUGGAGAGCGAGCUGGGCUUGGGUGGAGUGAUCUACUAUGUGAACAACGACCCCGAAGUGGACGACCAGCUCUAUGUCAGGUGGAUUGGCACGGCAUGGUCUGGCAAGCGCUCAGAGGAGAAGCCAGUGUGGAAGGCGUUCCUGGAUCCAAUCUUGGCACCGCCACAGCCCUACGACAUGAUAUCGCUGAGCCCGGUGGCUGGCAAUUGCCAAGUCCUUUGGGAGAUCCUGGAGGCAGACAGCAUCAGCCUAGCGAGCUUGGUGUAUGUGCCGAUCAACCCGGUUGUGCCUCCGCCACUGGAGGUGAAGCCUGACUACACCCACUUCUUCGUGUGGAACCGGCGGAAGACCAAAGCUGCCCGGCGCGCGGGGAUCGACUCGGACCUCAUCCAGUUCCAAACUCUCAGGCGCUACAUUGCAGCCCAGUGCUCUCUGCAGAGCGUGGUGCAACUGCUUGGGCCCUUGGGCUAUGAGCUGUUAUACCUGGAGCACAUCUACGCAGUCUUCGUGCAUGAGCACGUCGCGCCUCUUCUGAGACAGCAGCUAGGAGAAACCGGCCCAAAGCCCUCCACCUUCGAGGUGUGGCGCCAAGGCUGGCAUUGCUCUCCCUACUCGCGCUACAUGCUUCACCUCGAGGCCUCUUUCGGCGUGGACGCCACCUGGCUCAGUCCAGACGGGCAAGGAGCAGGCGAGAAAGGCCUCGGCUGCCUGAGGUCCUUCCGGGAGUUUUUGGCGAGCGAGGGCCACUUGAUAUCUGCCAACUACACAGGGAAAGGCAGCUGUGCAGAGGAACUGGAGACAUCUCCGGAGAGCAGCCGCCAGGCGCUGGAGCGGCGGCUGAAGGCGAUCCGCGCCAGCGCAGGGGCGAGCAAGGGCUUGGCCUCGGCACAGGUGCUGGCUGGGUCGUCAGACUCGAACCAGUCCAUGUGGUGCUGGUACCACCUGUCGUCCAACUGCGCGUGUCUUCCUCCGUACCGCGGCAGCCACUGCGACAUCCUGGACCAAAGUAGCGAUGACCAGGUUCGACCUUUCCGCGCGGCAAUGGUGUAUGUGCUGCUGGAUGCGACACAGCAGGCGACACAGGCCUUGACGGAGCGCCUCCGCAAGCUGUGGCUCUUCAAUGGGCAACCUGGCCGCGGCUACGCGGUGCUCAUCUUUCACUCCGGGCUGUCGCAGGAGACGCUGGAGCAGUUGGCCCUGGCCAGCGAAAACAAGAUCUGGCUGCUGAAGAUUCCAGAAGCCGUUGGAUCAGUAACGCGGCCUGGCGCUCUUCGAAUGCGGUGGUUCCAGAGCGGCCAAGUCUUUGGCCACCCGGCGCUGCGCAGCCUCGACGUGUUCUGGGACAUCUCCGCCGACCCAACCGAAUUCUCUGCAGAGAUGCAGGAUCCUUUGCUCGCGCUGCACCGAGCUGCUUUGGCGCCCGCGGCCUGCAGGCGGGGCUCCGCCCGCGUCAGGCUGGGCGCAGAAUUAGAAGAGCUGACGGAGAUCUACUUGCUACACCACGGCAAGGAAUGGAAAGACUUCUUGGAAGCUGGCGGGGUGAAGAUCUUGACAGGCGCUGACAAAGCUGAUGCUGCUUGCACAGUGUGGCGCAGGAGCUUCCUUGCAAGCGACGUGUUCACGCGGUACAUCAGGUACUUGGAAGAUACCGGCGCCUUUUUGGGCGCCUUUCCCGACAGCACGGCGGCGGCAGUCACCGCAGUGGGCGCUGCGGUGACUGCCUUCCUCGACAGCCGCAGCCGGGCGUUGCUGCUGGGCUGAAGCUAAACGAGCAUCCAGCUGGACAUGGGAUGCGCUGGACAUUUGCGACGAGGUGCACGCCGCAAGUGCAUGGACGGCUUGGGCGAGGCUUUUGGCGCACGAGACGAGAGGGCGGCGAGACGAGAGGCGACGGUCGCCCACGCUGAAUGGAAUGGAAAUGGUUGGACGGUGACGAAUAAUGAUUACUCCGCUCCUGAGCUCCGGAUCGAAUGUCCCAUUGCACGCAUUGACGUAGCGGUUGGCCAGCUUUGCGCUGAGCAGAGUAGAGACACGCCGGCUGAUCAGAG